GGUUUGCGUUUCGCGCUGACGAUGAUUUUUGCCAUUGAAGAAAUCAACAAGAACCCAAGGCUGCUUCCUAACAUUUCCCUGGGGUACCGAAUUUAUGACACCUGUACCAUUCCAUCUUUAACUCUGAAAGCAACUUUCCAGUUUUUAAACAGAGGUGAACUCACCUCCUCCAGACUGGCUUGCACGACGUCUUCCAGUGUCGCUGCCAUUGUUGGUGAUGCCGCAUCCUCGCAGUCUGCAGCAAUGGCCACGUUAAUUGGUCCGUUCAGGAUUCCAAUGGUCAGCUACUUUUCUACCUGUGCAUGUCUGAGUAACAGGAAAGAAUAUCCAUCGUUUUUCAGAACGAUACCGAGCGACUAUUUUCAGGCAAGAGCCUUAGCUCAUCUAGUAAAGCGUUUUGGUUGGACAUGGAUUGGGACAAUUAGGAACGACGAUGAUUAUGGUAAGUUUGGGAUGCAAGCUUUCACCGAAACUGUCCAACAAUUGGGCGUUUGCAUUGCUUUCUCUGAGUCCAUUCACAGAACCUACCAAAGGGACAAGCUGCUUCGAAUCGUAGAUACUGUACGGAAAUCUUCAACCAAAGUUGUUGUUGCAUUCGUUGCGCCUGAGGAAAUGAGCAUUUUAUUCAGUGAGAUUGCUCAACAGAACGUGACCGGUGUACAAUGGAUAGGAAGCGAGGCUUGGGUAUCCACACAAUUUCUACCCCAGGAAGAAAGCAGGCGCUUUGUCUCUGGCGCAAUCGGAGUUGCAAUUCACCAGGUAAAUAUACCAGGACUGAGAGAAUUUCUUUUGGACGUCCAUCCAUCCAUAUAUCCAGGAAACCGGUUAGUGAAAGAGUUUUGGGAAUUAACUUUCGGCUGUGCAUUGAGGGGCAUAGAUAACAGAACGGAUCAAGUUCUCUUCAACAAGUGGAAGGAAUGCACCGGAAGGGAGAGUUUACGGGUGAUGCACAAUGAACUUACUGAUGUCUCACAGUACCGGGUUACUUACAAUGUGUAUAAAGCUAUCUAUGCCAUUGCCCACGCUCUCCAUGGCAUGCUGUCAUGUAAAACUGGCAAAGGACCAUUUUCCGAAAAUUCUUGUGCAAAUAUCUCCAGUUUCCAAUCGUGGCAGCUGCUGCAUUAUAUGAAAACAGUCAAUUUCACAACCAAAAUUGAUGAAAGCGUCCACUUUGAUGAUAACGGAGAUCCAGUGGCCACCUAUGACAUUGUAAACUGGCAACCCAACGCGGCUGGCGGCGUGGACAUCGUCGGUGUUGGAGUCUAUGACGGCUCAGCCCCACCAGGCCAAGAAAUUACAGUAAAAGAUGAAACAAUUGUAUGGAGGGGAGGCCAAAUUAUGAUUCCAAGAGCAGUUUGUUCCGAAAGCUGCCCCAAUGGAACAAGGAAAGCAACAAGGAAAGGACAACCUCUUUGCUGCUUUGACUGUAUUAAAUGCGCUCAUGGUGAAAUUAGCAACGCCACUGAUUCACCAGAUUGCAUUAAAUGUCCAUGGGAAUAUCGGUCCAACUGGAGACAAGACGAAUGCAUUUUAAAGGACAUUGAGUUUCUUUCUUUUGGCGAUCUGAUGGGGAUUAUUUUGGUGACUUUGGCAUUUCUGGGAGCCUCCAUCACAAUAGGCGUACUUGUUUUGUUUUAUGUUCACAGAAAUACUCCAAUUGUCAAAGCCAACAACUCCGAGUUGAGCUUCUUGCUUCUUUGUGCAUUGACUCUGUGUUUUCUGUGUUCAGUGACAUUCCUUGGAGAACCUUCCACCUGGUCUUGUAUAUUGCGCCACACAGCAUUUGGUGUCAUUUUUGUUCUUUGCAUUUCGUGUGUUUUGAGUAAAACAGUUGUUGUGGUGAUGGCAUUUAAUGCAGUCCUUCCCAGCAAUAAUAUGAUGAGAUGGUUUGGACCUCCACAGCAACGUCUCUCUGUGUGUGUCUUUACACUGGUGCAAUGUUUCAUAUGUGCAGUCUGGCUAAGAACUUCGCCACCUUACCCUUUAAAGAACAGCAAAUAUUUCAGUGAAUUAAUUGUUUUUGAAUGCAAUGUCGGUUCGCCGAUAGCCUUCUAUUGCGUGCUGGGUUCUAUUGGAUUUCUGUCUUGUGUGUGUUUUGUGGUUGCUUUUCUAGCUCGACAACUUCCAAACAAUUUCAAUGAAGCUAAACACAUAACUUUUAGUAUGCUUAUCUUUUGUGCUGUGUGGAUAACUUUUAUUCCAGCAUAUAUCAGCUCCCCUGGUAAAUAUGCUGUAGCUGUGGAAGUCUUUGCGAUUUUGGCAUCCAGCUAUGGACUCGGUUUCUGUAUUUUUGCCCCUAAGUGUUAUAUUAUUCUGUUGAGAAAAGACAGAAAUACAAAGAAACAUAUGAUGGACAAAACAACUUCCAAUUAUCAUUAG